UCUCUCUCUCUCUCUUUUCCACCCCGCUAUUGAGUCCAAUUCAUUUCCCCAAAAAACAGAAUCUUGCGUCAGCGCAACAGUCUAAAUCAAAUGAAUGAAUGAAAACUGAGCUGAGCCCACCAAUAAAGAAGGGUCAAAAACCCCCCCAACGAUUUGAUUUUUCUUGAUUCUUUGUAGUCUUAGUUGAUAAAAAUCUGGAUUUUUUUUAAGCGUGGCAAAAAUCACAGCUCGGUUGAGGAAUUUAAUCUGAUUUUUGUCUAGAUGGAGAGGAAUAGCAUUAAUAAUUGCUGUAAUGCAUGGGAGGAUAUUGACUUGAUAGAUAUCAACAGUUUUAUUGAUGAUGUUGGUUUGGCUAACACUGAUGAUCCUUAUGCUUAUUGGAAUCAGCCUCAGCCACCUCAAAGCACUGGAGUGGAGCUUGAUGCAUCACUUACUUGUGCUACAUCCCAAGAAAAGGAAUGUGCGGAAGUAGAAUGCCCGAGAAAGAGGGGACGUGUUGACUCUUGCAGCAGACUUGGAAGCAAAGCUUGCCGUGAGAGAUUAAGGCGAGAGAAAUUGAAUGACAGGUUUGCAGAGCUUUGUUCUAUAUUGGAACCUGGGAGACCUAUGAAAACUGAUAAACUAGCAAUUCUUGGUGACGCAAUUAGAAUUUUGAACCAGCUAAAGUCUGAAGCUCAGGAGUAUAAAGAGAUGAAUGAGAAGUUGUCAGAAGAGAUCAAGACUUUGAAGGCAGACAAGAAUGAACUUCGUGAAGAGAAACUUGUACUGAAGGCAGAUAAAGAGAGGAUGGAGCAACAACUGAAAACCAUGGCUCUUCCACCUCCAGGGUAUAUGGCACCUCAUCCAGCGGCUUAUCAACCUGGAUUAAACAAGAUGCCUGUUUUCCCUGGUUAUAGUUUUGUGCCAAUGUGGCAGUAUCUCCCACCAUCUGCCCGUGAUACAUCUCAAGAUCAUGAGCUCAGGCCUCCUGCUGCUUAACAUGCCUGCAAGAAGGCAUACAGCAUAUUUAGAAGCUUUGUUAUGCAAUUGAGCAACACCCUGCACCCUUGCAUUUGUAAAUAUUUAUGACAUGUCCAGUUGCCUUUUUUAUGUUAUUUCCUUCUUUUGACCAGCACCUUCAGUCUCUCAUCAAGGGCUACAUUGAUGAUGAUGCGAAAAACAAUUAAAUUUGUUGGACGUGAUGUUUUUAGAAGUUUCCUUCUUAUUUCGUUUGCU